AUGACUGAUGUACAAAUACAAAAUCAAACUAGUAACUUCAACACUAGUAAAAAAGAAUUUGAGAAUAGAUAUGAUGAUAAAGCGUUAAGGAUUUUAUGCGUAAAAAACAUACCAAAAGAGACAAAAGAAAAUGAACUCUUGGAUUUAUUUAAACCUUUUGGUACUAUAGAAAGUAUUAAUCUUAAAGUGAAUAAAAAUGUUGGACCUUACGCAAUUUAUGCUCAUGUUCUUUUUAGUGCUCCUGAGGAGGCUAAAAGGUGUCUAAAGCAAAUGAAUGGAAAAAUUUUAAAAGGGAGAGCUUUAAGAAUAGAUUUUAAAAGGUAUAACAACAAAUUAGAUGAUGAUGAGAACAGCAAUUUUAAAAAUUACAACAAUAAUAAUAAUAGUAAUAAUAACAAUAAUAAUAAUGGAAAUGGCAAUAAUAAUAAAUACCAUAGAAAAAUAAAUAGAAACAAUCAAUUCUAUAAUAACAGACAUACCAACAAUAAUAAGCGACCUCCAAGGAAUGAUGGCCCAUUAACGGACGAUAAUAACAAUCUUCAUGAUACAGAAACAAAAAAUUUUAGGGAUUAUGAGCAGGUGAACAAGAGGCCUCGAAUGGGUAAUACAAACGAGAAUACAAAUUUUAUAAAUGCUAGUAAUCUAAAUAAUGACUUUGAUUUUAAUAAAUUACUAAAAGAUUAUGGUGAUCGACAACUUUUAAAUAAUUUUAACAGUGAUGAUAAAAAUAAUGAAGUAGAACAAAUUAUACAAACAUUAAUUAAAGACAUGAUGAAUAAACCCGCAAGAAUAAAAUUAUAUUUAUGCGACCACCUAAGGCAGUGUGCGCAACAUGUUUUUAAUAGACCAGUUGUAAGUUUAAACUUAAAUAAUGACUAUAUUAAGAAUUUUAAUGCUGUUAAUAGUACUAGUAAUGUGAACAAUGUUAGCAGUGUAAGUAGUAUUAGCAAUAUUAACAGUAUUAGUAGUGUUAACAAUAUAAGCAGUGUUAACAGUGUUAGCAAUAUUAACAGUAUCAAUAGUGGUUCCUCCUUUAUUCCAUUUAAUCAGCAAGAACAGCAAAAUAUUAUAUCUAAUUUAAAUAACUACGUAAAUAUAAAGGAGCCGAAUUUGCAAAACAUGAAUAAUGAUAUGUACAACGUACAAAUGACAACCAUACGUAAUAGCGCCAAUAUACCAAACAGCUGUGGUACAGUAACAAAUAAUGAUUUUUUAUUAUGUAAUAAUAGUAAUAUGGAUAGUGGAAGCACUAUGAAUAAUGGUAAUAAUAUGAAUAAUAGUAGUAAUGUGAAUAAUAGUAUUAAUAUAAAUAGUGGUAAUAAUAUGAAUAGUGGUAAUAAUAUGAAUAGUGGUAAUAAUAUGAAUAGUGGUAAUAAUAUGAAUAGUGGUAAUAAUAUGAAUAGUGGUAAUAAUAUGAAUAGUGGUAAUAAUAUGAAUAGUGGUAAUAAUAAUAAUAGUAGUAACACGAAAAGUGUUAUAUGGAAGGGCAUUCUAGAAAUGAGAAAUAAAGAAAAUUUAAAAGUAAUAGGAUAUGCAUUAAAUGGUAAUGUGAAUGCAUUUUUAAAUAAUAAUAUUAAAAACAUUGUUAUAAAUCAUAGGAAAAAAAUGAAGAAUUUACCUAAAAUGGAAGCUGCAUACUAUUUUGAAAUUGAAAAUAAAGCAGAUGAAAAUAUAUUUGAAUCAUAUAAAAAUUAUUUUAAUAGUAAAGAUAGAGUCGGUUUAGCAUCAACAGAUAAUAAUUGGCAUAUAUAUAUUAUAUUUCCAGGUAGUCCAAUAUUUAAUGAAUUUUGUAGUAAGAAUAUUAAUAAUAACAAUUUAAAUAAUAUUUUUAUUGGAGUUGUUUGUUAUAACCCUCAAAUUUUAGAUAAAAAAAACUCAUUUCCUUUGAUGACACAAAAUGCAAAUAAUAGUAUGAACAAUUUAAAUUCAAAUAAUAAGACAAAUGUAAAUUACAAUAAUAAUUUGAAUAAAAAUAUGAAUAAUUCUAAUUUUAAACAUAAGAAUAAUUUUAUGAAUUCUGCAAAUAAUUUUGAAAAUAAUAAGAAUAUUAAUUCGUAUAACAAUAUGAUGAUAAAAGAAAAAGGAAAUAACAUGAUGAAUGUAGCAAACUCUCAUAUUCAGAACAGUGCAUUAAAUUUAAAUAGUAAUAUGAUGAAAAGUACUCGAAAUAAUAACGCAAUUAAUUCUAAUUAUAUCAGUAAUAUCAAUGCUGCUACUACGACUAUUAAUAGUACCAUGGCUACUACUUCAACUACUACUGCUACUGCUACUGCUACUGCUACUGCUACUACUACUACGAAUAAUAAUAAUAAUAAUAAUAAUAAUAAUAAUAAUAACAAUAAUAAUAACAGUAAUAAUAACAAUAACAAUAUUGACAAUAAAGCUGAUUUUCCAUGUGUUUUGGGUAACCAAAAUAUUCAAAAAAAUAAUUCUCAAAAUAGUAUCCUUGUUCCAGCACAUCAAACAAAUGAUACAUUCAAAAAUUCAAAUGAAGGAAAUGAAAAGGAGGAAAACAAAAGUGAAAUACCAAAUUGGCUCAAUCAAUUUAGUUCGUUGGCCGCAUAUCUUGUCAAAAAAUAA